AUGGCGUUGAAUCCUCAACUCUUUCCAAAUGGAAUGCCCGUUGCUUUCAUCAGCGAGAUGUUUGUGUUGGCCAGAGACGGCGUCGAAUUCGAAAUCGAUAAGAUUCCUGCUUCUGGAAGUCAUGGGGGUCGUGUCAAAACCAAAGGAAUCGUCUAUUUGUCAAAUAUUCGGAUGGUCUUCGUUGCCAAAAGUCCAGUUGGGCACUUUGCAGCUUUUGAUAUGCCUUUGCUUUACAUCCAUGGUGAAAAAUUUAACCAGCCAAUAUUUCACUGCAACAAUCUUUCUGGACAAGUUGAGCCUGUAGUCCCAAGUGACCAACACCGAGCUCUUUACUCCACGCACUCGUUUAAGAUCUUAUUCAAAGAGGGGGGCUGUGGAACCUUCAUUCCCCUUUUCUUCAAUUUGAUUGCUUCAGUGAGGCAGUAUAAUCAACACGCCACUAUGCAGGCACAAUCUUAUGUGGAUCCUUUGCAGGCAGCUCAGACACCUGUUGAUGAGAUGAUGAGACAUGCGUAUGUUGAUCCUAAUGAUCCGACGAAAAUAUUUCUGCAACAACCCAAUUCUGAUUCUCAGCUUAGGCGUCGAACAUAUCAGCCACAGGCAGAUGGAGGCCAUGUCUGA